GGGGGAUUGAAUAAUUUUCACUUUUUAGCCGAUUGUAUACGCAAAUUAUGCCAGAAUUACGCCGAUCAACCAGAGUAGCAGCGGCAGCAGCCGCUGCUGCUGAACCAAAAUCUACAGAGCCAGCUCUUAAGAAACAAAAGCCAGCCCCUAAAAAGGGAAAGGCAGUAGCUACUGAAACUCCAAAGAAGGAAGAAAAAGUUGAACCUAAGGAAGAUGUUAAAGAAGAAGAAAAACCAACAGAAAAAAAGUCAGAACCAGAGUCAGUAUCCGAGCUUGAAGUCGGCGACAAGAUCCCAGAAUGGACUUUCCUUGACCAGGAUGAAAAGGAAAUCCAUCUUGCCAAACUUGAUCGUUCAAUUGUGGUGAUCUUUUCAUAUCCAAGGGCAUCUACCCCAGGGUGUACUAGACAAGCUUGUGGAUUCAGAGACAACUACAAUGCAUUAACUUCCAAGGCAACCAUCUUGGGAUUGUCUGCAGACUCUCCAAAGGCUCAAAAGUCGUUUGCUACCAAGCACGGUUUCCAAUAUAGUUUAUUGUCCGACCCAAAGAAGAAGCUUAUUGCUGCCUUGGGAGCGCGCAAAGCUGAUGGUAAGAUCGCAAGAUCACACUGGAUCUUUGUCGAUGGUGUAUUGAAGGUCAAGAAGAUUGGUAUUUCUCCUGAAGUCAGUUUCAAGACUGCCAAGGAAGACGUCGAAGAAUUUGCAAAGUAAUUUAAUAUUAAGAAUCAAAACAUAAAAAGUAAUCAUCCUUUAGUUCAAUGUACAAAUGUAAAUGAAAUAUAUUGUAAGACCAUAAUGUAUGGUUACAUAAAUGAGGUAUUUUGCUAAGCUAGAACUAGUUCUAUAUACUAUUUGGUACGUAA